AGGGAAAGUUACCCUUUCUCUGAACGUUGAGAGGAUCACAUCUGAAACCUGUUCUGCUGUGGAACAUGACGCGAAGGCAGUGGGACGUAAACAUGAGAAGAAAAGCAGAAACAAAGGGCUCUCCCCUCUCCAGCAGGCAUUCGUCUCGCCUGAAAGCCCGUGAAUUGUUGUGGGAGGUGGAACCGUAUCACUCGUCCCGUAAAAUCGGCACCUGAGCACCACUCAGUCACGUCGUCAUGAAGCCACUGUGCUCGGAUCUCCUGGUGCCGCUCGUUUCGUUGCUUGCCGCGUGCGGAUGUUGGACGCACGCGAACGAAGUUUCUUACGACGCCAACUCUCCCGUCGUGCGCAUAAGCGAUGGACUCGUCGCCGGCCGACGUGAAAUUAACAGCGAUGUUCCAGUGCACACUUUUCUCGGGAUACCUUACGCGCAGCCUCCGGUGGGAGACCUUCGUUUCGAAAAGCCACGGCCUCCAAUUCCGUGGAACGGAACGUACAACGCCACCAGAAGGCCGCAUCCGUGCAUGCAGAUCGACUUUCCCUUCAUACUCGAUACGAAAAUCGACAACUCGCACUCUUCAGAGGACUGCCUCUACAUGAACGUCUGGAGGCCCGCUACAGCGUGCGAUUCGAACGGCAAGUGCGAUGCCAAUAUGCCGGUCCUUGUUUUCGUUCAUGGAGGUGGCUUUCAGUGGGGUGACUCGUCACUCUUCGUGCACGAUCUGUCCAACUUUGUUGCUCUUUCCAACGUGAUUGCCGUCGGCUUCAAUUACAGGGUGAGCAUUUUCGGCUUCCUAACGGCGGGUACAAAGGAGUUUCCCGGAAACUGGGGUCUCUGGGAUCAGCACAUGGCACUCCAAUGGGUGCAGAAGAACAUCGGCGCUUUUGGAGGUAACCCAAAUGAAGUCACACUGGCAGGCCAAAGUGCUGGCGCAAUCUCCGUAGCUCUGCACUCAAUUUCACCUAAGGGUAGAGGUCUUUUCAAAAGGAUGCUUUUGCAAAGCGGGUCAACUAUGUCUAUGGUUGUUGGAGAACCAUACAAAGGCUCGGGCAAAUUCAUAGCAGUGGCGGCGGGCGCGGGCUGCUACGAUGAAAAAAGGAGCAUUAAAGAUCAACUGAAGGAGUCCGUAGCUUGUCUGAAGAAAGCCGAUGGACGCGCCAUCUACGAGAGGCUCGCAAAGGAAAAACCUCAAGACCAGAUAUUCCCGCCAGUCAAUGGCGAUGACUACCUUCCGGUGGACCCUCUGCUCGCAAAUGCAGCUGAUAAAAUAGCUGCCGAGGAAGUUUUCUUGGGGACGGUCGCCAACGAAGGUACGAUAUUUUCUUACAACAUCGUCAAACUUACAAGCACUUUCGGCAGCGCGUUUUCGAUGACAGACGACUACAGGCUCAUCGUUACGUUAGGCGUGAGUACGCUCUUUAACAUACCAGUCUCGGCAGCGAAGGCGAUUGUCAAUCAGUACUACGGCGAUUACGGCACGCCUCACACGCAGGAUCAAGUCCUAUCGAUAUUCGGUGACAUUAUCGGUGAUGGCGGAUUUUACUGCCCCGUGGUAUUAUUUGCUGAAAAGGCAUCGAAGCAAGGCAUCAAGACGUAUAGGUACCAGUAUACGCACAGGUCCUCGUUUAACGUAUGGCCAGAUUGGGUUGGCGUCUUUCAUGGUGAAGACCUCUUUUUCACCACGGGAGCGUUACCUUUCCUCACCCAAGAAAAGAAGCAUCGACCAUCGCUCUGGCACACUCUAAAAGAAGAGCUGAACAUAACACACUACACGGAAGAGGAAAAUAUGUUCAUGAAAGAACUUGUCUCGACAAUUUCUGCUUACGUGAAAAAUGGAAAACCAACGAUACCGGAGUCCCACGCGGAGUGGCCAUUGUACACCAAAGACACGGAGCAGUACGUCCAACUUCAGCCGCACAACUACACAAUCGGCACUGAGCAGCGGCAUGUAUUCUGCGACCUGUGGAAGUCAUUCCUACUAAAACGGAGUGCCAUCACCACAUCAGGAGAGCACAAAGAACAAACGACAAGGUCCGGGAAAUCUCCCUCCGCGAAGUUGCCGCCACUCAGUACCAACGAUGUCGAAAGCAAUUAUGUCUCCAAGGCCCCUAACAAUGUCUUCGCCUGCAAUACGGCAGUUGUACUUGCAAUGCUAGUGCUUUAUGCUUUUCAUUAGCUGGAAGUCAAACAGCAGACCUCUCAACAGCUAACUGCAACAACUGCUUUUACUCCUGUAACACUAAGACGCUCCCGCGUUUAUGUUUAUGUAUACAGUACGUGUCUGUUGAUACAAAGGGCUCAUGUAUUAUGUCUUGCAUUUCCCAACCUGAUGUUUGUUUAAACGGGAACGCUUGCACAGUUGCCGAUCUCAUUAAAAAAGAAGGCAUCAGGGAACACUGCGAUCACAAACUGUAGAUGUGAGUGUUAGCGUGCGUGUGAUGAAAUGUAUUUGCUAUUACCAUUCGGAUAGAGCUGUACAUAUGUGGAAACAAAAAAGUUCACAUUGCCAGGCGUCCUGCAAACUGGUAACGCAUGAGGCCAUAGAAAUUGAUACAAACUGACUACAGGGAAACCGGUGCAGGUUUGCUUGAACCAACAUGGGAUUGAUUGGAAGUACACGCUUCGGAUCACAACCUUGACUCGUACACUCUAUUAUGGAUUCAAUCCUACGGAUCUAAAUUUUGUUCGUGUUAGCGAGUUCACUUCCUAUACUUGUUCAGCUUCAAAUUUAUCCGCUCUUGGUAUUAAUCAAGCUUUCGCACAUUUUUUCUCCACUAGUUUAAGAUGCUUAGUCUUCCUGAUUGAGGAAAUAGUAAAUGUAACCAACUCAAUGAUCUGAUGGAGCAAUUGCUGCAAUUUUUACUGUCAGUAGUUUACCAAUCUUUACCAACGAAAGCUGGAAAUCUUAAUUUUUUUGGUGGUGUUUUGCAGCUUGCGCGACUUUUCCAAUGAUGAAUUUUAACAGAAAGUAUAAUGUAGAAAGUUUUAUCACGAGCUGUUGUACCUUCAUUGCAAAAAAGAGAAGGAAAGAAAAUUUAUUUAGGGCCGCUGUCUUAUUGUGCGGUUAUCCAUCAGCCGAGCCAAGUCGGUCCUUAUACAGCCCAUCAUUCCUUUGCUAGUUCAAGCGACACUGAGGAAACUCACAUUAACGCUACAGCCACGUUUUCAUUCUGCCAAAUUUUAGAAGCAUCCCGCACGACGUUGGACAUAUGGACACCCGGCUUGUUAUGACUCUAGCAGAGUCAAGGGGAGGAUUAUGUUGAUAGAUGUUGUGGUGUUAUGUCACUUUCUAGUCGUUUUCACGUUUUUAAUAAAACAGGGAACACGAUAUAUAA